AUGGCUAACUAUCACCGUCAAGGCGACGACAACCCCCUCCAUUGGAUACCCUUCCAGAGACAAUCAAAAUCCAAAGGAACCCCAUCCUCCACCAAAGUGGUGGACGGCUCGGUGGUCGUGAGCUUGACGCCCUGCCGUCGAACCUCACCAGAAACCCACCAUGGACACCAAAUGAAAGGAGACACGCCAGGCCGAAUGGGGGAGAAAAUUGGAGGGGAAACUCGUCGACCACCCCGGUGCCGUUCAACUCUGCGACAGAGCAUAGAAAACAACAAAGAGGAGACCGGAAGAUGCGAAGGCUCACGAUAA